UCUUGGCCAAUCGCAGGAAGAGCCACACAUUUGCCUGCUCGACCAGUGACACCUCGGCACCGCCACCAUCCUUGGACAGCACGAAGGUUACCACAUCCCGAGCUUCACCUGAGAGAGACAGAGACACAGUCAGAUGCAGAAAUGAAGAGCGCCUAUUCCCUUAUUGAUGACUGUCAGACUCAAACGACACAAAUGCGCUCCAGAGUCGACGCCCUCUCCGCCUUAUUGGCACCACAUUCUGUCUCCCAAACACACACACACACACGCACAUACACUCACCAGCCUCGGCAAAGGUGAUGAUCUCUGUCGUGUCUUGUGCAUCGUCGUCUCGCAUCCGAGUAGCUGCUGCUGUCGCUGCCGCUACUCCUCCCCCUCCUCCUCCUCCUGCACCACCACCCCCCCAACCUCCCCGCCUUCUCCCCUCGGGCUCCCCCUCGAUGUGCACGCUGCCGUCCUCGGCGACGCGGCCCACGUGCAGCUUGCGCAGAGCAUUGAGGAGGGCGGCGCGGGGCACAGGCCGGGUGAUGUUUGGCCGGGCCUGCAGGUGCAGCAUGUUGAGGAUGUGCCUCUUCACCGCCUCCACCACAUCCUGCUGUGCCUCCUCCUCUUCUUCGUGCCCUGCCGCAUCCUCAGCCGGAUCCCCCUCGUUCCUGCGCAUCCUAGCCAGGGCGCAGGAGGGACAGUGGGUGCUGGAGGUGGAGUCGGGCUGCCGGUGAGGGUAGACGGUCAGGGAGCGUGGCGUCAGGUCCGAGGAUGAGUGACAGCUCUGAAGCAGCAGCAGCAGAACGGUGCAACUGAGCAGAGCGAAGGCGGGCAUGAUGGCCGGAAGAAAGUAUGAUUCAAGUUGGAAGUCCUGCAAGUUUGGAGAGUGGAAAGUUCCGUUGCCGGUGGAGGGAAAAAGUGUAAGAGAGGAAACGCUUGGUGGUGGUGGUGUAGAUUUGGGGACAGAUGGCAGCACGGCGUGGAGGCGGGACGAGAAAGAAGACAAAGAAGAUGAAUGAAAGCUGCAGGAGCGACUGAAGUUAUCCCACUUCCUCUUCUCUUCCCUCUCAGCUGAAUGAAUCCUUGGCGCACUAGUUGAAUGCUUUGAGUCCAGUAGGCGGGGCCUCACUCUCUCUCCUCGCUGCUCUUGUUUCUAGCCGCCUCCCACCAUCGGUAAACCUCCCCGUCCUCUCCCUCCUGCCUGUCUGCCCAUCUCCCUCUCUCUCUCUUUCUCUCUCUCUCGCUCUCUCUCUCUCUCUCCCUCUCUUGCAACUUUUACCUUCCCUCCUUUCCCAACACACCCCUCAAGCACCCCCACCGCCUUACCCAGCACCCCCCCAUCCCCCCGCCCCCAGUCUGCCGUCUGAACUUCUGCGAUGACAUCGUCUGACUCUACCCGUCUGUCCGUCUGCGUUUAUUUAGUGAGUGUGACAUCAUCUUUCCUGUGUCUGCAUCAGUGAGAUGAAGAUGUGUUGGAGGCAGAUGGCCACCCACCUUCACUCUGGUCAUUCGUGAUGACAGCCGCCAGUCAACCUCCUAUCCGUUGACCCCUAGCAGACCCAUCAAGUGACUCUCAACUUGUACAUGUUGCAUACUAUACACAUUGAGGUUCUGUGAUGAACACAAGUGGCGGUCAAACAUCAUCGAUUCUCUGGGUGGAUUUUUUUUCACACGCACACCUUGUGCACCAUGCAUACAUCAAGUCAAAAACAAGGCGUGCUCGCUCACUCCGCGAUGCAUUCAUGCACGUAACAAUGACAAGUCAAAAGAAAAGACAAUUAAUUCAAGCGAUGGCUUUUCCCACCACCUGAUCAAUGAUAGCCAGCGUGCCUUGCUGGCCAGGGCUGCAGAGCUAACUUGCAGUGGCAUGCUGUCUAUAUCUAGAGUGCAGUGGGGGUCCUUGAGUAAAAUGGCAGCAUUUGUGAUGCAGUUUUUUUAUUUAAUUUUUUUGUGCCGCUUGACUGAGGAUCUGAUUUUAGGAUGGUUCACAGUUGUAAUGUUUUCAUAAUGUGUCCUUUCAAAGGUUUUGAUGACGUGAAGUUAAUUUUACACGAUUCGGUGCGGGUUCGUGUGGUUGAAAAAGCCAUCAGACAUCGGCUGUGAUGUCAUCAGGGUGGAAAAGUUACUUUUUGUGUGACUCGCCACCCGUCUGCACGCUCUCACCAACAACGUGGCUGUGACACAACGCUCCCUGUGGUGUAUUUUAGUCAUCUAGGCUUGAUGUCUGCCCAUAAAGAAGACAUGGAAUGGACGGCGUGUGUGUGUGGGGUGAAGGAGGACGGAUCAGAACUCGCUCUUCAUGUGUAAAUGAAAAACGGUGUUGCAGCUUCACCCUUUGACCUUCUCCCAACCUGCAUGAUAAAACUCUUGAAUCUUGAAUCUUGAUGAAAUGCAGAUGAAAGUGCGCCAUCUAGUGGAUGCCAGCUGUCAUCUCCCACUGGCAUCAGAUCAAGAGCCGCCUAAAGCAGGUUUUAGGAAGUUGGUCGUGUAGCGCUUCACAUAGCUGGCCUCCAUGUAGCUUGGGUGGGAUCCAACACUUUGUGAUUGACAGGUCAUCAGUCAUUUGUCUUGGUUACAACGCUGUUGAAAAGGUGGGAUGGAUAAACAUCACAUGAAAAGUUGAAAAAGUUGAUGUGACACAACAUCCUGUGGAGAAAUUCCCUGGAAUCUCACCCCGGAGGUGGGCGGUGCCACGGAUACUGACGAGUCAUCACAUGCAGUCAUGGUGACCAUAGUGGUGACCUUGGUUGCCACGCUGGUGAUGGAGGCCAUCUAUUUCCACAACAACAUUGCCGUGUGUGUGUGUGUGUGUGUGUUGGGGAAUGCUCAUGAGGUCCGUGUGUGUCCACGCCAAAGCACCAUAUGCAAAGUGUCCAAACAGGAGCAGGAAAUGAUGGGAGACAGCCAGAGGGGAGGAGGCGGGAGGUGGAUGCGGUUUCCCAGCCGGACUUUGUGACUCCAACAAGUCCCUCCUGGUUCUGCUCAAUGUGAUCUUGCAGGGGUCACGUUUGAUCCUGUCACCUGACUGAGCUCCUUUGUCCAACACGUAUGCACACACACUUCUGGCUCGCCAAGUGUGCGUGUUGUGUGGGUGCUGAUUCAGCGUUUAAUCAAACACAAACAUCUAACUACUUAAGAUUGUUUCUCUUCCCAGAAGAUUGUGACGUGUUUUCUUCUCGUUGACGUGCUUGCGUUCACUUGCCACGCCUCCUUUCUACUUGAUGCAACUCCUCAUCACCACGACCAGGAUGAUGUCAGCAAGUCUGCAGCCUGAUGACGUGUUGAAGAAGAUGAUGGCCGACCAGAACAUGGAGGCCAAGCUCAAGAACCUGCUGAAACAGGAGAAGAUCCAGUUGUGGAGACCACCUUAUACAGUUGACACUGAGCAGCCUGGACAGCAACAACUACAGGAGCUGGCAAAGCAAUACGCCCCCCUGCUGGGUCUGCCAGUGUCUGAGGUCAGGGGUGCUUUGGAAUCCAUCCGUGUUCAGGCGGUGAGGAGAGGUAAAAGGAACCAAACCUUCCGAGAAACCAACGUCGCCACGCUAGAGCUCCUGCUGCCCCGAGACUGCAAGAAGGCGGGGACGACAGGCAACAAGUCCAAGACCUUCAUGGAGACCAAACUGGAUGUGUCGGCGCAGGUGCUGAUGGACAGGAUUGCGGAGGAGUUUGGACUCAAGUCUUUCAAACUGAUCCUGAAUGGCAAAACUUUGAAUGCAGCCCAGCUUCUGGACCAGCAGGGCGUGCAGAACCACAGCAAGAUGAUGGUGCUGAAGGUGAGCGAUACUGAGUGUGCACAGCAGGCCUGCGAGGAGGCCGACAAGGCCAGGAACCAGAAUGAGAGCGUGCAGCGAACUCACAGAGGAUUCCAAAUCCUGUCGGAGAGAGACGGCACUGAUGACCCUCACACCAUACCCUUCCUGGAGGUGGCUGACCAAAAGGGGAACCCACUUAAGAUCCCUCACAAGGAGAAGAAGGCACUGAUCCUGGCCAUGGGCUUCCAUGAGAAGGGACGUGCCCUCAUGAAGAGAAAGCGCCAUGACGACGCACUGUGUCACCUCCUGCAGGCCGACCAUCACUUCAGUGAGUGUGGCUCGGCACUCUUAAGCUCGGUGGACAACUAUGGCGUCCUGCAGCUGGACAUUGUGUGGUGCUACCAGGCUUUGGAGGCGCUGUCCUGUCUGGACGAUGGGCGCAGACGUCUGCUGCGAGCUGAAGACUGCUUCCUGCGAUGUUAUGGCGAGCAGCAGCAGAGGCUGCUCAUGAUCAAGGGCAACACAGGCAGGGAGGAAGCGCUGUUUCUCCGCCUAUACCUCCUGCAGAGUCUACUGUCCUUCAUCGAGGGCAACGAUCUUCAAGCCCAGCAGCAGCUCUCCAAAGUGGAGUCUCUGUAUGGACGUUUGUGUCCCGACUCAGACAAAAUGACUCAACUGAUGCUGUUAGGCUUCAGUGAAAGAGAAGCUCGACUGGGCCUGAGAGCUUGUCAGGGCGACGUGCACGAAGCCGCCAUGCUCAUCAGCAACCAGAGACAGGAGCGUGAAGAGCUAAAGCAGAGGGAGCGUCAGAAGAGGAAAAACAUGAUGGCGGGCAUCUCCGUCCUCACUGAGGCGGGAUACUCCAAGAAGGACACGGCCAGGGCGUUGCACCAAGCCAAUGGGGACGUGGACAAAGCCUUUGAAAUUCUGCUGGAUGCCAGCCAGGCGCUUCAGUCCAAUAACAACACAGAGGAAACAGUCAAUCCGGAGAAGCUGGAGCAGCUGUUGUAUUUGGGCUUUGAGAGGACGGCAUCUGAGGCGGCGCUCGCACUGACGGGUGGAGAUGUCCAAUCUGCGACUCAGCUGCUUUUGGACAAUCAGGGUGUGGUCCCUGCCACCGCCACUCCCCCUUCAGAGGAGGAGCCCAGCACAUCGUCCAGCUCGGCAGAUGACAGCGAGCUGGUCAACGAGGUCCUGGAGGACAUUUCCCGCCAUGAGGAGGACUACUUGGACCUGACGCUGGAGGAGGAGAGCCAGCUCAUCGCCACCAUCAAGACCUACCUUAGCCGGGGGAGCACACACACUGUCUAGCACACACCAAUUGGUGAUUAUUAUUGAUCACUGAUCGAUGAAGAGAAGUUUAUUUUCUGAAAUAUUUUUGUUCAGUAGUACUUUAGUUUCCAUAGCAACGCGAAGUGAAGGCUAAUAAAGGAUGAUGGUGUCAUCUUUGUAA